AAGAAAAAGGGGGCGAGGGGGGGGGGGGGGGAGGAAGAAGGUGUGUAAAAGUAUGCGCACCACUCCGCGCCCCGUAUGGCCUGCUGUGUUUAUUUGUUAUCGUUCGCGUAUCGCAUCAGGGUGUGCAGGUGUGCGCGUGUAGAAGCCGUAGUACGGUCGGUCCCCGGUGUGGUGUAGUCCAUCUGUGCCCUGCUGUGUGUUCUGCUGUAGGAUUAAGGAUUGUAAAGUGCAGAAAAAAGGAGUCUUGUGUGCACCUUCUGCUGCACAGUUGUGCGCUUUUUUUGGGUAUAGAUAUAUAAAUAAACCAACGAAGCGUGUUGUUCGCUUAAGACACGGGAAAGAGGACCCUUUGGCACAAACCAAAGACAGGGCGUGUGACUGUGUGUGUGUGGCUGUGUGUUUGUAUUUCGCGUGUGUCCUUGCGCGUGGCUUUAAAUAACCACCUCGGUACGGCCAACAAGCAACAAAACAAAAAAACAAAAAACUGCAAAAUCAGAAUGGCAAAAUCUGCAUCCUUCCUGUUUGAGGUCCGGCCGCUGUCGGCCUCGGUUAAGGCGAAACCCGUCCGCAGUGUCAAGAGUGCCUCGGCUGCAAUGCGACCCGUUCCGGCAUUUUCGAUCGAAUCGCUCCAGAAGAACACCUACGUAAUGGGGCCACCGAAGGCACAGAAGCAACGGUACAUGAUACAGCCGAAGGCGACAUCGUUUCGGAUGUACUACGAGCGGGGCGAUCUGCCGAUCAAGAUGGAGUAUCUGACCGGUGGCGAUAAGAUCGCCUGGACGGUCGACAUCGACAAGCUGGACUACGGCCUGUAUCUGCCCCUGUUCUUUGACGGGCUGUCGGAAACGCGCCACCCGUACAAAACGUACGCCCGGCAGGGUGUGCAGGAUCUGCUGUCGCACGGCGGCGACAAGAUCUAUCCCGUCAUUCCGCAGCUAAUUAUACCGAUUAAGAAUGCGCUCAACACGCGCAACGUGGAGGUGAUGUGUGUUACGCUGAAAAUUAUUCAACAGCUCGUCAUGUCGUCCGAUCUCAUAGGGCCCGCGCUCGUGCCGUUCUACCGCCAGCUGCUGCCAAUGUUUAACGCCUACAAGGUGAAAAACAUCAACUCGGGCGAUGCCAUCGACUACGGGCAGAAGAACAACAUGAACGUGGGCGAUCUAAUUGACGAGACGCUGCAGGUGCUGGAGCGGCACGGCGGCGAGGACGCGUUCAUCAACAUUAAGUACAUGGUACCGACGUACGAGUCAUGCUAUCUGAAUUAACCACACACCACCUUGACCACCACCACCACCCAUCGAUCGAUCGGGGUGGUAUCGCAGAGAGAAAAAGAGGCGAGAGUGACCGAUUUAUAGUUGAAUUCGCUGCCUGUCUGCCUGUCUGCCUGUCCACUAUUAAUGGUAGUGGAUCGAUUCGUAGAGAAAUAGCAGCAUGGCGUAGUGGAGUGCGGGUGUGAGUGUGUGUGUUUGUGUGGUAAGAUGGAUGGAGCAGUGUUGUGUGUGUGGCUUAAUGACUUCGAUUUCGAUAUUGCAGGACAUUCUCACGAAAGGCGAUCAGCGGAGUCGUUUGUCAAGUGUCAACCUGUUUACGCUGAAUGAUGGUGGAGGCGCGUGCUAGGUGGUUUGGAGUUGAGGUGUGCUCACACACACAGACACACAUACGUACAGAACGUAGCAUAUUGUGCCAAAAUUAGAGUAACGAAAAUAUCGAUUCCCGUUGGACGCCGUAAGUCUUAUAAGUACACACUGGACGCAGCAACGAUCUGCGGCAUUUUCUAACUGCACAGGGAAAUUCGAAGAGAAAGAGAGAAAGAGAAAAAAGAGAAUGAUUUGUAGGGGAAACUAAUGACCCGGAAAUCGUCACCGGAUAGGAUGGCGGUGUAGCCAGUAGGUAAUACAAUGUGUUCUUUUAGGUUAAACAAAGUUAGCGACUGGAGAGUUACAGGGUUUCCCACGAUUUAUUGGUUGGUUCCCACGAUUUAUUGGUGCGUUCCCACGAUUUUUUGGUCAUUUCCCAUAAUUUUUUGGUAGCAACCCACGAUUUAUUGGUCGGUUCCCAAAUAUUAUUGGUCGGUUCCCAAAUAUUAUUGGUCGUUUCCCAAAUAUUAUUGGUCGGUUCCCAAAUAUAAUAUAAUAUAAUACCGACCAAUAAUAUUUGGGAAACGACCAAUAAUAUUUGGGAACCGACCAAUAAUAUUUGGGAACCGACCAAUAAAUCGUGGGUUGCUACCAAAAAAUUAUGGGAAAUGACCAAAAAAUCGUGGGAACGCACCAAUAAAUCGUGGGAACCAACCAAUAAAUCGUGGGAAACCCUGUAAUACUGUUUUCGAAGCUACACAAUUACUAUCACACACUAGCAAUGAUUACACUACAUUACCACUAUUGAAGAUUACAAGUUACCACAUUGCACAACAGGCAACGAAGCAGCUCACACAUCUUUUCAUGCAGAAGUAAGAGAAAGGUUGUCUGAUGGGAUCACCAAGGUCGCUAGAGAUAGAGGGGUACAUGGGUUUGAUUAUGGUCGCCAUGAUGGAUUUCUAUGAAGACGGACGGACCGAUCUGUAGUAAUUUAUAAACCUUGGGGUGAAUAGUAAAAUGGUGUAAUGUUUACAGUCUCGUAAUCCUUUUAGUUUUAUCGGAAAUGCAAAGCCACCCUAAUUCUAUUCCAAUUUGAUUACGUUUAACAAUCCUCACAAGGUAUUUUACAUGUAUUGUUUCUAUAAUUUACCUUACUCAAUGUUUUGGAAGGUUUCCAUUUAUUUGGUUGAUUGUAAGGUUGCUAGAUAGACUACAGGAGGGUCGUUAGUAGUGAUGUGCUUUCUGGAGCGCACACCGGUCCGACUCCAACCACAAAAUGGAACCACUAGAUCCGCCCGGAGUAGGAGUCGCCCGGAAUCGUCGGGAGUCGUUUGGAGUCGUCCGGAGUCGUUCGGAGUCGUUCGUAGUCGGAGUCGUCUGGAGUGGUUUGAAGGCGUCUGGAGUUGUCGGAGUCGUUCGGAGUUGGAGUCAUUCGGAGCCCAAUGACUCUUGAAGGUCCGGACGACUCCGAAAGACUCUGGACGAUUCCGAAUGACUCUGGACGACUCCAAACGACUCCAGACGACUCCGACUUGAUGCCAUGAUGACUGGAGAAUUCUAUGGAGAUUAGCAGAUAGGGAGUUAUGGAUCCUAAGGACUUUGUAUGAGUUGUUAAGUAACUUUGGACUCCCUAGAAUGAAGAUUUGUCAAAAUACACUGUAGGCGGACCGACCUGUAGUAAUUUAUGAACCUUGGUAUGUUGGUAUAAACCCAAAUGAGCUUGAAAGUGCAUCUAAAUGACAGAAAGAUAAUGUAAAAAGAUACAAAUGUCUACUUUUUGUUAUGCUUACAACAACGUUAUUUUCUUCUAAAUAAAACAAAAACUCGGCUACUUAUAGCAGGGCUUCAAUCUCUGUUACUAGUCACAGAUCCAUGACAAAAUUGAUCCAUACGAGCAUACAACCCAUGAGUGGUAUGUUGUUAGGUCCUGCAGGGCCUUACGAAUAGAACAACGAACGGAUAGAUAAAUCAAUCUAUAUUAACAAGUUAGUUUAAUACUCUGUUGUCGAUCCUCUCAUGUUCAAUACCCGAGAGAGCUUUAAGACAUGUGUUUGAUACUUUAUUAAUUUACUUGAAAUAAAAAAAAAUGACAACGAACGCAUUGCUUUUUAAAAAUUAGUUUAAAUUACAACAGAAUAAAAAAAAUCUAAAAAAUAUAAAGUUAAUGUAGAACGCAGAAAACAAAUUUACAAAACAUUGUGGCUUUUUCCUUUUAUAAAAUCCUGCCUACGGUAACAGACGGAAUUACUUUGUAACGGAAACCUUCUGGUAAAUAUGUAAUAAAAGCAGUCGUUGCAGUUUGAUUGAGUCGAUUUUAUCUGAAAUGAAAAACCCCCAUUUGUACGAAAAGAGAAUUUCUCAUUAUCUCUCUUAACUCAUUGCUAAAUACAAUUUUUACUUUGAAAAUAGACAUCUCGCUGGAUCGAUUUUAUUAGUAGUGUAUUACAUUAUCCUAUACAUUUAUCCUUUGUUUUCAACCUUCCCCAUUCUCUUUCCCACUAAAAAAAGGACAAAAAACGGGGUAAAAAUAAAGAACAUUUUCAUUCCCACACUUUUUUCCCCAGCCUCACGGGACAACAAAUAGCGUCAACUACUCGCACACAUACAUAUACAUAUACAUUUUUUCGCAAAUACUUGCAUUUUUUAAUAUUAACAUGGCUAAAAAGGAUAACAAGUCAGUACCUUUUUUGUAGCGUGUGUGUGUAUGAGUGCCUGUUUCACUUUAAGGAGGAUAUGCGUACAAAAAUAAUGGCUUUUUUUCAUUUCUUUGUUCUUGUGUUUACCCUUUUCCAUUGUUAACAGUUAAGAGCGAUGUUGAAAUGAACACAUUUUACAUUGAUUAUAACAUAUUGUUCUAAAUAAAUAACAUCCUGUGCUAUACCCCCAGUUGCUGCAUCUGUUCUAGGUCCAAUGGCGACACGUUUCUACUCCUGUUUGACAACAAAACAUGGAAUUUUCUGCUUCUACUUUAUCACCUUUAUAAGUAACCUCUCUGCUUGAAUCUGGUUUUGUUCAAGAAAAUUG